AUGUCAGCCUUCAAUGUCACCUUAACCCAUCCAGGAACUUUUUUGUUGGUAGGAAUUCCUGGUUUGGAGCAUUUACACAUCUGGAUUUCCAUCCCUUUCUGUAUUGCCUAUACUUUGGCUCUACUGGUCACUUGUAGCCUUCUCUUCAUCAUUCAGGCUGAUGCCGCCCUCCACGAGCCCAUGUACCUCUUCCUCGCCAUGUUGGCAGCCAUUGACUUAGUUCUCUCUUCUACAACACUUCCCCAAAUGCUCGCUAUUUUCUGGUUCAGAGACCGGGAGAUCAACUUCUAUGCUUGUCUCAUCCAGAUGUUCUUUCUCCACUCCUUUGCUAUCAUGGAGUCAGCAGUGCUGCUGGCCAUGGCCUUUGACCGCUACGUGGCCAUCUGCAAGCCCCUGCACUACACCACGAUCCUGACCAGGUCCCUUAUCAUCAAGAUGGGCACGGCCACCGUGACUCGAGCUGUGGCUCUCAUGACUCCACUGCCCUUUCUGCUGAGGCGCUUUCACUACUGCCGAGGCCCAGCGAUUGCCCACUGCUACUGCGAGCACAUGGCUGUGGUAAGGCUGGCGUGUGGGGACACGCGCUUCAACAAUAUCUAUGGCAUUGCUGUGGCCAUGUUUAUUGUGGUGUUGGACCUGCUGUUUGUUGUCUUGUCUUAUGUCUUCAUCCUUCGGGCUGUUUUACAGCUGGCUUCUCAGGAGGCCCGCUACAAGGCAUUUGGGACCUGUGUGUCGCACAUAGGGGCCAUUUUAUCCUUCUACACUCCUGUGGUCAUCUCCUCAGUCAUGCACCGUGUUGCUCGCACAGCAGCCCCUCGUGUUCAUAUACUCUUGGCUGUCUUCUAUCUUCUUUUCCCACCCAUGGUCAAUCCCAUCAUUUAUGGUGUCAAGACCAAACAGGUUCGUGAUCAUGUUCUCAGUUUAUUCCAAAGAAAAGAUGUAUGGAUAGUUCUUUUCUUAUCUACCAACCCUAUCCUGAGUGGAUGA